AUGACAAUCUCACCGGUGCUCCGGGCGGUCGUUUUUCUUUCUGCGCUCUGCGCUGCUGCCCCUACUCUAUCCUUCCCUAUCAACUCGCAGGUGCCGCCGGUUGCCCGGGUUGGCCAGCCGUUCUCUUUUGUCUUCUCCUCCUCAACCUUCUCGCCCAGUGGGCCACUCACGUAUACUCUUGCGAACGCUCCAGCCUGGCUCUCGAUCGAUAGCGAGUCCCGGCGCAUCUAUGGAACCCCGGAAGAAGCAGAUGUCGCGCCCGGCGACGUGGUUGGGGUGCAAUUCGAACUCGUGGCCGCGGAUGACUCCGGGUCUACCUCUUUCGACGCAACCCUCGUCGUGUCUCGAAAUCCGUCACCCAGUGUCGCCCUCCCUCUUUCGAGGCAGAUUCCCGAAUUUGGAUCAUUCUCUCAGCCUUCGUCGAUCGUCAUGGGACCGCAACAGGCAUUCACACUCAACUUCGCGCCCGAUACCUUCUCUAAUCCGAUGGGGAAAGGGCUGAGUUACUAUGCUGUCAUGGAAGAUAACACACCGCUGCCUUCGUGGGUAUCAUUCGAUUCCGGCAAGCUGUCGUUCUUGGGCACGACGCCUGCGCUGGGUACUUUAAUGCAGAUCCCGCAGUCGUUUUCUUUUCGGUUCGUCGCUAGCGACGUGGUCGGAUUCUCUGCAGCAUCCCUCCCCUUCUCGAUCGUGAUUGGAAACCACAGGAUCACGGCAGACAGCAGUUCCAUCGUCCUGAGCGCAACGGCUGGGACUCCAUUGUCUUACACGGAACUACAGUCCGAUAUCAAGUUUGACGGGCAAGAUGUCAAAUCAGGCAACGUAUCGGUUAUUUCCACACCCAACAUUCCCCCUUGGUUAUCCGUGGACAAAGAUACAUGGGAAAUCAGUGGGACACCGCCAGCCACAGCAAAGUCAUCCAACUUCACAAUCAUGUUGGCGGACACGUUCUCCAAUACCCUCAACUUGACCGUCUCGUUAAACAUAACGAAUGGGCUGUUUAAGGGUAGUCUACCGGAGAUGAGAAUUACAGCCGGGAAGAACUUCGAAUUCGGCCUUGGCCCAUACCUCUCCAACCCUUCAGACACAGAGUUGCGGAUUGACGUAACUCCCCUGUCAACCUGGAUACAGUUCGACUCGACCCGGAAGACAAUAUUCGGCGACGCACCGGAAAAGCUGUCCACAUCUCCUAUCACGAUCGAGGUUCACGCAAAGUCCAGAAGCUCGGGCCUGGAGUUCUCCCAAGCCUUGCCUGUUCGUAUACAAGCAGCGAACCAUCGGUCCACAUCCUCUGCGAGCACUUCAGGAUCGACUCCGGCAUCUACGUCUUCCCCGAGUGCGGACCCGGACUCGGGCGCUCGCCGAAAGGCGUCCCUGAAACAGAUUCUCAUGGCCACACUUAUACCCAUAUUUUUCUUGCUCUUCGUUCUCGCAUGCGUCAUCUUGUGCUGCAUCCGCCGUCGCCGGAGGCAGUCAACCGGGGACAGCAGCAGAAACAUGUCAUGGCCACUUUGUGGAAGCCUGGCGACGAGGAUUAGCACCAAGGGCAAAGAUUCGUUCCAGUCUCUCAUAGGGAGGCGUGGCGUGGACAAGUCGUCACCGAGGAACCGGAAAUCGCGGCAGAAGAGCUACGCAGAGGCAGCCAUAGGAAGCCUAAAGGGUUUUGAGACUGAUCCUGAGACUCAUCCACUUCUGCGUUCCGACUCUUGGCUAGCCGUCGUGGCCCGGAAGAUAUUUAUCAAACGACCAGGCAAGGGUUACCCAACCCGGACAGCAUUCCACGAAGAGAAGCCGGGGGGGGUUCUGGAGGCCAAUUCGCUACCAGCACCUCGCAAUGAUAACAGAUCGCUUUCUAGAGACACAUUCGAAGCCGACAUACCAACCCCGGAUACGAGCAUCCCGAUGACCCCCGACUUCGUCUACUCCAACCGGCACAACCUUGAAACCAAUUCAGAGACCUGGGGGUCCUACAGGACAACCGAUUACGACGAAUUCACGACCGUCGGAUCAAGUGCACACACAUCUAUUUUGAACCUGGCACGACCGUCGGAAAACCAUGCACCAGAGCCUCUUGUUAAGACUUCCACCACUAGGGCAUGGGCGGCGGGGAAUGUGUCUAGGUUCGUAGAACGCUUUAGGAAGAAGAAGGAGGCAGGGGUGAAAACGCCAGAAAGGGGUGUAGCGGCGAAUUUACAGAUAUCCGCUCCAUUGGUCCCACCUCGGCCAGUGUUAGACGAUCGACCAGUAACCCGGCGGGGGCCGGAUCCGGGAACCUACGCUACCAAGCGAGAGAGGUCUCAGGACGAAGAAGGGAGCCCGCCAAAUAUGACCCCUGCGAUGGCAGUGGGGCCAAGGGCCAAUACUCGGAAACUGUCACAAGAAGCAGCGCAGGAACAGGUCGCCUGUGACCCUCUGGGCAUUCCAUGCGACCACACAGCUGCUCCGCCGCCUACCGUCCCCUCCAGGACGUGGUCAACCGUGUACUCGGCCAUAAGGGACGAGACGAAGACCCCAGAGCAAGGGGGAAGGAGUGCAGGCGGCAAGUCGAAAACGACCAGCCUCCCGCCGGGCAUGUCAUACUCGUCGACUGCCAGCAGCCCGCAGCCCAACUGGGCAAUCAUACGGGAAUCGCCGAACCCGAGCAUCUGGAUGGACGACGUAUCGGUCAGGACGGACAACACCCGGUGGCCGCAGCGCCCGAGGACGACAAUUGAGCCCCUGAGCGAGGCGUCGGACACAGCGCCGGAUUUCGGGUCGAGGCCGCCGUCGAGACACCGCGGGCUGCUCGGCACAGCCGGCUCCAGACACUCCAGAAGGCCGUCUUCGAGAUUCGCCGGGAUGGGGACACACAGCGGGCCAUCCUCGGCGGGGGGGUUGGGGCGGGAGAGGACCGUGGGAUCGGCUACGACGGGGUCCGAGGAUGACUAUAUGGUUUUUAUCUAA